UAACGACUUCAACAUACGUUGGUGCUAGAAUUUCUGGGACGCUAGCAAAAAAUCUAUCUCCAACCACGGACAUGACACCCCAGAAGCAAAAUGAACACCAAGCCCAAGCCAGUAACCGCUCUUCAGGCUCGAGAUUUGUAGGCAAGCAGCCUAUAGCUGUACUUUGUGAGCAUGAGCUGAACUCUGGUGCGAAGCAAUGCGUGAAAACCCAAUGGAGUGAACCUUGGGAAACCUUUGAGCUCCAUCCGACGGCUGUGAAAUAUGCUCAUUGCGCGUAUGACUUCACAGGGUAUACAUCCGCACUUUCCGCUUUUCUGCUUUUCUGCUUCGUCCAUCCACCACGCCUCUUCUUGCAUACGUCAACUCUUGCACCUUCCACACUCACAUACACAUUCGAGCCACUAUUCUGCGUAAGUAACACGUAUACCACCAAUACAUACACACGAACGCCCGUAUAAUCAUCAUGCUCGGCGCAGUCUUUUCUCGUCAAGCCACACACGCCGGACCCAUGGCGACGCAGCUUCCGGGCCGCGCCGAAAUCGCGAACGUGUCUCGCCGCCAGCAGUCGUCAUUCGAGGCUCACGUCCUACACAUGCGCGGACCUUGCAAUAUCUCGCUCCAGGACCAUGGUCGAGCCCGCAAGCCGGGCGGCGGUUCACUUCAGCUGGCCAUCACCAGGCAGCUUCUCGGCGAGCUCGUUCGCGUGAGAGCGGAACCUACUAGCAAUGACGCUACAGCGUUGGAGAGUAGCCGCUCGCCGACACCGCAAUCACCGCGCGAGAACAGUGACUCGGAGCAUGCAUCCGAUACGGACCAGACGUCUAACUGCGGAUCGGAUUGUGAGUCCCAUGACGCCGAAGCAGAGCUCCGCAAGGCUCUGGUAGCGGAAAAGGAGGAGACCGCCAGUCUACGUGUCCUAGUUGAGCGCGUGGAGGGCCAGUUGCUUCAGGAAGCCGGCCGCUAUAGCGACCUGCUCGCCAAGAAAGACGACUUGGUGGCGUGUCGGAUCGGUGACUACGAGAAGCUUCAGGCUGCCGCCGAAGCCAACCGAAACCUGUGCGCGGAGUACGAUGCCCUCAAUGAUGCGCUCACUGAGGAGGUUGCCCACUGGAAAGCGAAGUUCGAGCGCGUCACCGCGACCGUGGAUGAGAUCUCGUCUCUGUCGCUGCAGGGCGACGCAGUCGUCCAAAUCAAGGACGAGCACAUCGUGCAGCUGAAGAUGCUGCUCGCCAACAAGGACCAGGAGGUUGCGCAGGCGAAGAAAGACGCAGCCCAGGAGAAGCGCGACUUCGCCAAAGUCGCCGCAGCCAAUCGCCAAGCAUGGAAGACCGAGAAGGAGUCUCUCGAAGGCCAGCUGGAGCAGCUCAAGGCUGAUUACCAGGACGCUCUGUUUGCGAACGAGCACCAGAUCGAGAAACUUACUGCACGCAACCUUGCCUUGGAGAAAGAGCACGUAAUGAUCGCCGACGUACUCGUACACGAGAGGGAGCCGAAGGCAAAGCGAGUUCAGGAAGUCGUCGAAGCGAACGAGCCUCUGAGGAAGGAGCUGAAGCACCUCAAGCGCAAGUUGAAGGUGUCCAGGGAGAACGAAGAGAACAUCUUGGAUAAGAUGGAGCAGAUGUCUGGCCAGGUGACGGAGCAUCUGAAGAAGGAAGAGAAGGCUCGACGAGCAGCGCGCCAUCUGGAGUACAAGAAUGUGGAGCUCGAAGAGAAGUUGGCUCGCAAGGAGGAGCAGAUGCAGAAAAUGACGCAGCAGAUUGUGGCAGGGACGCGCAGCACGACUAUCAAAGGAGAUAGGGCGAACUCGGCUUUGAACGAUGGCGCUAGUAUCCUGGAAGACACUCUGCUAAAGAACGAGGAGCUUCACGCGCUUCUCGACGCCGAGCGCGAAGAGAAGGAGGGCAUGAGACUCAAACUCUGCAAGCUCGACGACCAAAACGUCCAGCAGUCAUGGGAUCUCGAGAUGAUGCAGAGCACGCUUAGUGAACAGAAAGAGAAAGCCCAGAAACUUCGGAAGGCCAACAAAAAGGCCGAAAAGGAGAUAGGCCUUCUUCGAGCCGCCGUCGAACGGAGCAACGGCCUUACGGAGCAAGACAAGCAAAAGCUCACCUUCCUCGUCAAGCACACCGUAGACAAGAACAAGAAGCUGGAAGACCGAAACUCCUUGUUGGCCAAACAGCUCGAGAGCGCCAAAGUCUACAUCCAGACCGUCGAAGACAAGGCAGACUCGGAAGUGAGGAAGUGGGAGAAGCGGCACGAUUGUUGGUAUUCCCUUUACUACGACGAGGCGGUGCCGAAGAACGAGCGACUCGAGAACCGCAUCCACGAGCUCAUGCGCGAGAAAGGCGAGGACUACUGGCAGGAAUCCGAGCAUCCCGAGAACAGGACCGUCUCAGACCGGAACGCGCUUCGAAUUGCUUGCGCAGAGACCCUCACGGGUGUCGAUGAGGACCUGAUUCCGCCCGAGGCCUUCGAUCCAGCGUUCAGCGGGGGUUACCUUCCAGCGACAUAUCAGGCCUUGAAGAAGCUGCGACCGAAGGGAUGGAUUGUGAUCUCGGAGUUGGGGAGGGCUUGGCUUACGCCAAAGUACAAGCCGUUCACUGAAGAGGAUGCUGAAGAGCGUAUCCAGGCUCGUGAGCAGAAGGAGCGCUUGGAACAUCGGGCGGCUAUGGGUUUUCCGGCUCCUGAGAAAGUCGAAGGUAAGCCGUACUCCCAUGUUGCUCUUACCUCACAACUAACGGCCACAGAAGACGUGAACAGCGGCCCUGAAGACUUCGCCUCGGAUGAGCCCGUGUCAACUGGCGCGUCAACCCCGAUCCCCGCAGACGCGACCCCCAACAGCGGCCAUGGCUCCGGUGUGGGUGUUCCUCCGGAAUGGGACCCAAGUGAUGCAAACACCAUCAAGAAGGAGGAUUAUGACGGGCUCGACACGGAAAACAAAUGGGAUUACCAUCGGAUUAUCCUUGGUAAAGACAUCGAAAUGAACGUCGGUCGGGGGACCAGGACGCCGAUGGCGCACGCGCGACGGCACUAAGUCACGCACACGUUGAUGGGCGACGGUCGCGAUGGCGGGUUUUAGCAUGCAGUAUCGGUGCAUGAUCCGAUAUGAGAUGGGAUGAUGG